AUGGCUUGGCUGCCGUGGGCAGUGUGGAUGACGGCUUUCGUUCUGAUGCUGCUGGUGGCUAUCGGCGGCAACAUCAUCGUCUGCUGGAUCAUCCUCGCACAUCGCCAGAUGCGGACUGUGGCGAACUACUUCCUGGUGAACUUGAGCGUCGCCAACCUCUUGAUGUCCUGCCUCAACUGCUCCUUCAACUUCGUGUACAUGCUGAACGCCAACUGGCCGUUCGGCGCCAGUUACUGCGUGCUGAACAACUUCAUGGCCAACUUGACGGUGGCCGCCAGCGUUCUCACCUUGAUGGCCAUCGCCCUGGAGAGGUAUCUGGUCAUCCUGCACCCGCUGCGACGGCGGCUCAGUAAGCGUGGAGCCAUCGUGGGCAUUGUUUGA